UGUAGGGGUUCCUAUCCAGCUGUCCUUGGAUCUCGUCACGAGACAACGGCGCGCCAGUAUACACGCGUGCUUGCCUCAUGUACGUAGGUUAGCUCACACCAGCACAGUGGUACCAACGCAGUCACCAUUUCCCCUCAUAUCCCGCAUCCUCACUCAGAGUCCGCAGCCAUCUUACAUUUGGAGCCCACCGCUCGGUCAAGUUUGAGGUAUUGGGGUUGUAUUUUGCGGAGUUUACGAUGUUUUGCGCGCCCCACGAGAUGUAUAGCGCGUACCAGCAGCCAAUGUUCCCAGCGUAUCCAAUGAAUUACAGUGGGCAGUAUCAGAGUCCAUAUAGUGCACCACCACCGCCGAGUUUUGAUGCUGUGCCGCCCGCGCUGCCGCCGCCAUUUUUGCAGGAGAUGCCAAUGAUGCAGGAUUAUCACCAAGGAGGGGGAGGAGAGAAGUUUGGAGGGGGACAGCCCGAUCGCACAAUCCGCGUUCAUCAGCACCACCAUGACCGCAACAGCUUCACUACACCACGCAAUGUUCCCCAGAUGCACAUCGAGGCUGCCCCAUGCGUGACGCCAUCACGGAGGGAGGAGAGGAGGGAGGAUCUAGGUGCGAAGACGAUCUGCGCGGCGCAGGCCCCCAUGCAGUACUUAUUGCGCAUUAUGUUCGCUACCUGCCCCGCACGUCCACUUCAAUCAUCGCAGAUUUGCAGACCUACCAAGACGCAGGCACCCGUCAUGCGCAGGGUGCUGGAGAUCUUCUACGGACGCUCCAUCUACCGCAUCUGGUUCACUUGGAAGACUCUGCGCAAUAUUCAGUCACUCGCUGGUGAUGGCGCUCCCCUGUUCAUUCUGCAGCACCUACCGCAAUCCGCCGUCGACCAAUGGAUUGAAACCCGCUACUUCGGCUACUGCAAGGCAAUGCUGGAGAUGAUGGCACGAGGCUACACCGUGCACGCUACCGAUAUCGACAACGCUGUCAUGCAGAAGGCCGCUGUCAACGCUGUCACCUGCUUUGAGGCUAUCGCCCAGCGGACAUACCACAGCAUUCCUGCGAUCUUCCGAGCCGCCCUUGUCGAGCGCGACCUUCGUCCAAUAGCAGCAGGUAUGGAGGCGGUCAAGAACAUCAUGUGUCCCCGUCUUGUCAACGCAGUGCUAGACUACAAGCCAGAGCCCCCUGUGCAGGAAACUGUAUCCACUGGCGACUGCCACACGAGGGACGGCAGGAGAUGGAGAAGAAGGAGGCCGGACAGGCAGGUGAGGAAGACACGACAACGGUCAGCCAAGCAGACCAAGCACGACACUGUUGAUGUCCUUUCGCAGGCACUGCAAGCACAGCCCCCGAACCACUUCCUACCACCAGCCAUUCUACAAGUACAACGCCGCCGCAUGCCCCGAUUUUUUUAGGUGUAGUUCAUGAAGUUCUUGCUGAAGGAUCUGGGUUGGAAGGUGUACCACGGAGGGUACACAUUUGAAAGUGGGGAGGGGAUGUAGGGGUUCCUAUCCGGCUGUCCUUGGAUCUUGACACGAGACCGCGGCGCACCAGUAUACAUGCGUGCUUGCCUCAUGUACGUAGGUUAGCUCACACCAGCACGGUGGUACCAACGCAGUCACCAUUUCCCCUUAUAUCCCGC